AUGGCCGAAGCGAUUGGUCUCGCGACAAGCGUCAUCGCUGUUGCCGAAGUCACCGGCAAGGCCAUAGGUCUCACACUCAAAAUCAAAUCGCUCUGGCGCGAAGUCAAGAACGUUCCAACCGUUCUUCUCGAAAAGGCCGAAGAGCUUCAAGAUCUCGACGACUAUCUCAAAGAUGCCGAAACUCAGACUGCGAGCGGUCCGGUAUCCAAGUCGGUCAUCGAUGAUGAGAUCAUGCAAAAGUCGCUCCGGCGAGCCCGCGCCGCAUUGGCAGACAUACAAAACACCAUCGAUGACCUCAGCCUUCAGAUAUCUGAUCCGCGGAAGCACCGACGCAAGUUGACUGCUGCAAAGUUUGUCUUGCAGAAAGAUACAAUAGAAGACAUGGAACGGAAACUCGAUCGAGCUUUGGAGCUUUUCAAGGUGGCUCAAGGGAUAUAUUGCACAGCUUGGCUGAUCUGA